UGCUGCCAUGGAAACACCCAAGCCAGCAUUCUAUUUCUAUGGCAACUGCCCGUAAGCGCCUGGUAACCAUGGCAACAUCGAUCAGCAGUCACUCCUAAAGUAUCUUGGCUUUAAAAAAGUGUUGACAGUGAUUUCUUUAUUACUCUCUAACGUUACCUUUUUGUACAGGUACAAGUUGUUUCUUUAUUUCUUAUUACUUUACUUAAACGAGAUGCUAGGUUGGUGCUUUUUGUUAUUUAUUCACAAUUUGACUUACUCUCUCUCCAGCCUCAGUUAAAGCAACGUUACAGCAAGGUUUCUGUCUCGUCAAAUGAAGCCAUUCACUUUAGCCUGUUAGCUAACAUUCUUUAAUUGAAGCUGUGCCAGUUUAGCAAUGACUUCUGAACGUGAGCAGGGUGCACACUCUGGACUGGAGGCUGUGAUUCAGAAGUUGGAAGAGUCUCUGCUUCACUCUGAUGGAUGUUCAGGACAGAGUAGUCUGACACUUGGAGCUGAUGGACAGGAGUCUGGUGUCACUGCUACGCCUGUCUCCACCUGCAUCCGCCAGAUCAUUACCCGCAACCUUGCAGAGCAGCCAGCCGGUGAGAGCUCUGAGGUCAGCGGGCUGGAGGAGAGCAGGGCCCUGAGGGAGCAGCUCUCCUCGAGCCAGAUGGACCGUGACCAGCCACGAUUCAAACAGGCCAGUCUCACAGACAAGCUGGAUCAGAUGCUGAUGCUGAGGUCAGCAGUGGACUCAGACCAGGACAGUGUAUCAGCAGAUUCCGUGCUCAUAAACAACAAGGAGAGAGUUUACAGUCAGAAACUGCAGGCAUACCAGGAGGCCCAGCUGAGACAAGUGGAACUUGUUCAGAAGCUUCAGAUCAAGGUUCUUCAAUACAAGAAGAGGUGUGCGGAGCUGGAAGGACAUGUGCUAAAGAAGACCACAGAGUCCGAGAACAUGAGGUUGUUGCUGCAGGGCCACCUAGACUCAGCCCAGUGUCAGCAGCAGACAGAGCAGGAUCUCAACACCACCAUCCAGAAGAAGUGUGCUCAGCUGGAGGAGGAGCAGCAGAGGUGGGCCAGCGUCAGCCAAGUCAACUAUAUGCUGCGGGAACAACUGGAUCAGGCCGGCACGGUCAACCAGGGGCUAACAGAGAGCUUGUGGAAGGCUCGUGAAGAUGUUGACUUAAGUGAUUUGCGUCUGCGCAGAGAGCAAGAGACGUGCGCCUCCCGGCUGAGUCGUGAACAGGCUCGUGUCAGAGCACUGUGGCGCCAGGCUGCUUCCCUGCGGAGUACUUUCAACCAGCUAAGGACUUUCACUGACAGGACCCUGUCUGAUAUGCGCGGAGAGUGUGGCACUGCCAGCCGGCAGCUGCAUGUUGCCUGCAUGAACUUAGAGGCCAGAGUAACUCAGGAGAGCACCUCUAGUGGUGUGGAGAUGUCAGCUCUGGAGAGCCAGCUGAAGGACAAGCUGAAAGAGGCCAUGCAGCUUCAGGGUCGCUGGGACACGGAGAAAGUCAAACUUAACUCCAA